CAGCACAAGUCCUGUGGCGAAUGUCGAGAUACCAUUAUCAUUUCGCACUAAAGUGUUCUGUUGCAACCAUCUUGGGAGGGGAAGGCUUUCGCAGACCUUCGCAUAGCGCGCUUGACCGACGCGUUUGUCUGACUCCGAACCGACCUACUGGACCUCGAAAAUUUAAAUUUAAACUUAAAAGUUUCAAACUUGGAACGCUCUAUCUUUUUUUAAGAAAACACUGAAACAAUCAAAGGAAUAAAUAAGUAUGCAUCUAAAAAGUUACGCGUUCAGUGUGAGUGUGUUACUUCUGUGUGGCUUACAAACUUCGUGGACGGAAAACGAAGCCGCUGCUAUUGAAAGAAUAUUUUCAGCAUGCAAGAAGAAAACCCCAGAAUUCGAUGUCUGCAUGAAAAGAGCUUUCAACAAACUUCGACCGUACUUCAAAGUAGGUAUCCCCGAAAUGGGCGUAGCGCCUUUUGACCCCCAUUUCGCGCGGGAGGUGAAACAGACCAGAACCAUCUCUGGAAUGGGAUUCACGCUCACCCUUCGCGACGUGUACGAGAAAGGCUGGAUCACUUCUACCGUCACCAAAUACAAGACUGACUGGGAUAACGAGCGCAUUAUUUAUUCACAAUAUUUCCCUGAAAAGUGGUUAAAUGGUGACUACGAAUUCAAAGGCGACGCUUUCGGCCUCGGCGUGAUACGGACCGGACGAUGGAACCUGACAUUGCGCGACUACUCCCAGACGACGCGCAUCAAGCGCAGCGGCGCAGGAGUCGAUGUGCACGUGGAGGUCGACCACAUCGGCGAUAUGGAGAUACAUGUCGGCAACUUGUUGAGGGGCAACGGCAUUUUGGAGCGAAUGCUGGACCGUGUGAUAAACGCGACGUGGAAGCCAGGGUUUGCGGUGAUCCGGCCGCUCAUCAACGACCUCGUCAGCACCGCCUUCACCGACAUAUGGUCCCACUCCUUCAAGAACUUCCCCUUGGACCAGUUCAUCAAAGAUUGAGUGAACUAAAGAACUUGAUGGACUAAGUUUUAUUUCAGGAAACUAGCCUAAAGAGAUUGUGAUACAUAUUAUUAUGCAAUAGUCUGGAUAAAUUAAGACUCGUUUUCUAAAGAGUGAAUUUUAUGCACUACCUACAUAAAAUGCUGCACUUUGGGCUGCACUAUAUCCAGGCUUGUUAUUUCUUAGUGAAAGUGUGUACCUAAUAGGAUCAACAAAGGAAAACAGAAUUCAGCUUGUAUGUAUGAUGAUAAAGCCAUAGCAAAAUCGUGCCAGUAAUAGGUUUAAACAAUUGUGAUUGCAGUUAUGUUGUAUGUGUAUUGUGUACCUAAUUUAGAAUAAGCUUUGUUUAUGUAAGUAAACAUCUGUAUAAAAUAAUUACCUUCUAGUCAAUGACUUUGGCAAGCGCUUCGCAUUGGAGGGGGUAAAAAGAAAGACCGUAUGUAUAUUACAUAUCUCAAUAUUAUAUUUAUUAAAAAAUAUAACCUAACUAUAUAUAUGACUUUAUAUUUAAAUUCAAUCAACAAAUAACUCGCACGUUCGUCGAAACUGGAAUAUUCAACCUCAGUCUUCCAACACAAAUGAACCCAAGCCAACAGACUCGCAACAACAACUGCGUCCCUCGAGCCUCACUCCAUAAAUACAUACAUAUAUUAUAACAUUGCACCUUCAAUUUUUCAUAUUAUAACCCAGAAAUAGUAUUACACAAAAACAUGCCAUCAAAAAGUCUUAUUUUUCAUUUAUAGCACUGUGUUCCGUUUAGUAACAUAUAAAACUUCGAAUACAACCCAUUCAUUGACAAUGCUUUCUUAAGUCUAUGCCAAGAAGCAACGUGUACUCUACACAACAAAAUAUACAUAAGUACAUAGAUUAGUCAAACCGAGAGUCCAUCUGGUACGAAGCGUAAUUCUGUGAGAUCCGUGUCAUCGCACGGCAACACAACAACACGAGGGGAACAACAAAUAUUGUCAGAAUACUACUUUAGGACCCUGUGGACCGUCAUAAUGACGCAACAACUUUUAUACGGACUACAAUCGUUGUAACAUUUGAUUAUUACUAGUCCGAGUAGAAUGUUAAACCUGGACCGUAUUGGAGGCGAAUGCAAAACUCCUUGAUGACAGUUAUGCUAAUGGCAGGUUUUGCGGGCUUCGUUCACAUCAGAGCGACCUGACAUGAACACAAUACUGGCAGGUAUGACUUAUGCAAGCGUAACAUGAGGGUCUCGCCAAUACAAACACACUACAUCAGUUACAGAGUUUACAAAAACAUUACAACAAUCAUUAAAAUUUUGAAAUUACCAAAGGUCGUAUUAAUUAAAGCUAAAGUCCGCUUAGGAAGUGGGUAUUUUUUGCCAAACAAUAUUACAUAGGCGUUGGUUUGAUAUAGUAUAGGCGUUUCAACAGCACAUGCACAUUUGAUAUCAUUUAAUACGGCAAUUACCCAGCCAAUGCGACGAAGCUCAGACAAAAAUGUAAAUGUGCGGUUACCUUUAUCAAACGAUAAUUGACAGUAAACAAUAGUUUUUUCAAAUGUUAUAAUUAACCAGUCAUCAGCAUGUUUUAUUGCAUAUUGAAUUUCUGCAAAAAUGCUAUGAUAACAAAUCAAAUUUUAACACCCUAUGUAUUAUUAUUACAGUAUAUGCCACGUCCAAAUGUACAAUUCCAUGACAAACUUUUAUGAUAUCUAUUUCUGUGUACAAUGUUCCAAACUAUAUUAGUGUAUUUUUGUACAUUUCACAAAUUUUGAUUGUCCAUUUCCAGAUUAUGUUUAAAAAUGUAAAAAUAGUGAUAAGCA